GCGAAUGCAAAUGAUAAAAUGGCCUUUGCCUCACGCAUUAUCAGUGAGCGAGAGAUACGCUGAGACAAUAGUCACAGCUUACAUACAUCGAACAGCCACCAUUAUUUGCAUAAUGAGCGUUCAAAUAAUCGAGUCGAGUCACUCUUAACACUGACAAGGCAGACUUUUAUACAACCUGUGAAACAGGCUGAAUCAGCUCUGUUGAGUUUUAUCGUUAUCAGUGCAUGCAUAAUCCUAAAGCUUAUGAGUCAGCCUUCUCUUCCCGAGAAUUUAUUUUGUCAGCAAAUAUGUACAAACAAAGCACAUAUGUACGCAGCGCUGUAUUCGCCAAAGUUAGGUUUUUAAAUCCAUGUGGGACUGUAAAUUACCCUUCCUAACACUAAUCAUUUAGCAGGAUAAAAGUUUCGUUAAAGUGAAACAUACGCGAUUUAGUUUAAAGUUUGAUACAUUUUCCAGUUAUACAAGUUAAAUUCAUAAAUUAGGGCUUGAGAAAAAGUGGAAGUUGAAGUCCGAAGUUCAACUAUAAGCUGUAUGGAUUUUACGACGCCCUCAUCACGAAACGAAGGAUUUCUUCGGAUUUGUAAAUGACGACAAAACUUCCAGCCCGCGAUCACCAGGUAGCGACAACCAGCUCGAUGUCGAAAGCCUUGAUGAAUCCGUUGAUUCUCGAUGCUGUCUUUUCCAAGCUCGAUAUAUAUGACUUGAAAUCCUGCCGUCUCGUCAGCCAUGAGUGGGCCAAUCACGGUGCCACAUUAUUAGGAAAGCAGACAUUUCUGAACGUCAACAAGCUUUUUGAUUACGACGACGAUUCAAACCUAUACCUAGCGACUCCUCUCGUUAACGAGAAACUGGUACGAUGCCUUAGAAUCUACGGUCAGGUCGACUCGGUCACUAAAAGAUACAAGGAUAUCGACGUUAUUACGAAAGGUUUAAGCAUGCUGAAUUCCUUAAAUAUCCAACAAGUCUUCCUCUCAAUGGCGGAACGAGAAAAUUGUGUGGACGAAUGUGUGCCUCAAACACUCGUGGUGCAUCCUAAUUUAACCACAAUUAAAUACUGGCCUUACGACGGGUUCAAAAACAUUGCGUUGCUCCAAAGCUUUAUUAAUUCUGCACCGAAUUUGACCUCUUUGGAUGUCUGCGGCUCCAAUUUUCCGGAUUUGAAGAGGUGCCAUAAGCUCGAAUCGCUUAGGUUCUACUUCACAAAUUCUGGCCAAACCAACGCUAUUGAUAACGUGACAACUUAAAUGUUGGGACAACUUAAAGAUUCCUUAAUCGAGGCGGACUUAGACUGCAAAAAUACUACGCCCGGUAGUCUGCAGUAACUGAAUACCAGAUUCAUUUUGUGUUGAAUAAGCCAAUGCGAACAGACAUGAUAAAUACGCAUAGUUGGCGCAGUUUACAUCCGCUUCCGGGGUCUGCCGCUGAAGUGAGUUUUCGCUUCCAGCCACUGAGAAAAAUUUGUGCUUCUAUCGCCUCGGUUUCCGACCUCAAUUUUCGCCGCAAGUGGCACGACUUCCGAAUACAAUUUUUGCUUCCAGCUAUUAACACAUCCGCUUCCGCGCUCAACUUGUGCUUCCGAAGUACAGCGGAUUCGAACGAAAUUAGUGCUCCCGACUCCAGCGCGUUGGCCUCCGCUGUCUGUGUGCCAGAUCCGACUUCCAGGAAGACGGAAACUGCGCUCCUCUAUGGUCAAAAUAUGAACAUUCCAGUCAUGUUUAACCUUACGUCACUCACCAUGCGCUCGUUAGAUGACUGCCUUAUCCCUGGCUUCUUGAAUGAGAAGAACCUCCCGGCCCUUGUUAACCUAUCGCUACAAGACCUUUCACAAUGGACGAGAGUUUCCACCCAUGUAAACAUGUGGCAGCCACACCGAGGAGUGAAAUCUCUCGCGCUGGCAUAUGCUGGGAUGUUGCGGCAGGACGACUUUGCGGAAACUAUUGUCCAAUUAUUUCCCGGCGUUAAGAAACUCGAGUUAAAUAUAAUUUUCGCUUGUGAAACUUUAACCCUCGAGAUAAGUCAGAUGAUGGAACAAUUCCAAAAGUGGAGCCUGGAGAAGGCAAACUUUGUGGUGGAAUGUGUCGACGAAUCCGCCUGGAUAGUGACCAUCCUGAAGAAUAUGUCGCUGUGGAAGGGAAUUAAACGCGUCCACUUCAAGCGCAUCAGUUUCACACAAAAUGACCUUCCUUUUCCCUUUGAAGACAUUACUUCGUACAGUGCGGGACUAGCAAGCGUGAAAUUCACCGGGCCUGGCUACGCAGCACACAUUGUGGAACUAAAACCAUCCGUUUCUAAAGAAAGUGAUGUCCCAGUUCAGUUGACGGUGGCGGAAAUCACGGAAAAAAUGCAACCCUUCUUUUCACGUUAAAGUACUUCGUAAAAGUCGAUAAGUCACGAACUCAGCUCGAAGAAGAUGUCUAAUGACGAGAUCAACAAACGGUGAAAUUAUUUAUUACGUAACAUUAAACAUUUGAUCAUACAACAGAUGGAUGAACUUAAUGAAAUGGCUUUAAUUAUUCAAAAUCUUAGCAAAAAAGAAAUAAUUGAUGGUAGCAUUUUGGUGAAAAGGCGGUUACUUAUUUUAUGCCUACAUAGUAAACAGGGCGGAUUUUUUGCGCGAAAAUGUUUAACAAGAACGAGAAACUUAUGUAAGUGAUAUUUCGGAAAUUAUUUGAAACGCGCUCAUCUGGUGCAGUUGGUAGUUAAAGUCGAGUAAUUCCCGAGAUAGGGAGAGAGAGAGUACUUUUAUUCAAACCUUAGAAACUGUCGGUUCAUACGAAAAAUCCGUCCUGAGAACUAGGCAUCACGCUCACUGUUUUUUAAAGCUUGUACGUUUAUUUACAUUAAUUUACACGGACACACGGGCAUAGCAAUCUUGUAAUGAGCUUUCACGCCUUACUUAAUAACUAUAACGAAAGAAGCUAUAUAUAUAGUUCUAAACAUUGUAACUUCAAAAUUAUUUAAGCAUGUCUUCACAUAAAAAUUGAUAAAUUAAAUCCAUAUGUUAAAUCGACCGGAGUAUCCCCUUGGGGUCAGAUUUAGGUAUGAUGCCGCAACUCUAUCUUGAUGCCCGUAAACGUGAAGGGCCCUUCGUUCCUGAAAGCUGAGUCGCUCGCUUCUUUUGCAUGACAAAAACCCAGUUUAAACAUCCAAACUUUCAAAUGAUGAUAUUUUAAACAAAAAGAGGACAGAAAUAUCAAACCAUCACAUCAUUAGAAAUUUAUACCUAUAUAUUUCUAAUGAUGAUUUCUAAUAUGAUUGAUUUCUAAUAUAUUACAUUACAUGGUUUAUAUAAUGCUUAAAUGCUUAAACUGAACCGAUAUGAAAGUAAAUAACAAACUGUCCGUGCCUGGCUCAUUAUCAGGAAUAGAUAAGCUGUCAUGGCCAUAAAGAACCUCACCAGAAAGUUCAAAUGAAUCCUGAAUCAUGUACACUCUACUUUAACAUUGGCAAACCAGUCGUUUAUGUACAGAAUCUGUGAAAUCGGCCGGUGCGACUCGGUAGAGCUUCGUUAUCAGUAAUGCAGAGCUCAUGAAUCCUCCUACACUUUCUGUGUAUUACUCAUUUUAUUGGCAGCUACAAACAUAAGCACUUUAAGUGCAAGCGGUAUGGACUUGGUGUCAUCUUCUACACAAGAGGGAUGGAUUUCUUCAGUUUAUCCCUGCAAUGACAACGUCGUUAACAAAGCAAUGUCUAACGCCUUAAUGAAUCCACUGAUUCUUGACAAAAUCUUUGAACAGCUCAGCAUACCUGACUUGAAAUCGUGCCGAUUGGUCUGCCAAACGUGGGAGGAUUAUGGCACAACUUUAUUCGGAACGCGAACAUAUCUUAACGUUAACCAGCUUUUCGAUUACGACGAUGAAUCAAACUUAUACCUAGCGUUUCCUCUAGUAAAUCAGAAACUGAUUCGAAGCCUCAAAAUGUACGAUGAGUUCAAAUCGAUCGCCAAGAAAUACGAGGGCAUUGACGUUAUCACGAAAGGGUUAAGCAUGCUGAAAUCCAAUAAUAUCCGACAUGUGUUCCUCUUAGUGUGGGAAAGUACAAAUCGUGCGGACCAAAGAAUACCUCCAAAACUCGCGGUUCACCAUAAUUUGACCACAAUUACGUACAGGGCUCAUCCGAGGUCCGGCUACACCAGGUUGCAUCCAGUGUUGCAAGCCUUGAUUGAUUCGGCGCCAAAUUUAACCCUUCUGGACAUAUGGGCGUCCUCGUUUCCGGAUUUGGAGAGAUGCAGAAAGCUCAAAUCGCUUAAAUUCUACUUCAUACAUGCUGACCACUCCGUCACAAUUAAUAACGUGACCGCAAUGUUGGACAAAGCUAAGGAUUCAUUGACAGAGGUGGAAUUUAGCUACAAAAAUCAUUUGCGUCAUGGGCUGCAGACCCAGAAUAUGAACGCUCCUGUCAUGUCGAAACUUACGUCACUCACCCUUCACUCAUUUGAAGAGCGCCCAAUCCAUUCCUUUUUUAACUAAACUCAUCUCCCAGUACUGAAAAGCCUAGCCUUCCGAAACUUGUAUAGCUCGACCAGAUUGCCAAAGCAUCUAGCUACGUGGCAGCGACACCGAGGAGUUGAAUCUCUUGCGCUGGAUAUUUGUUGGGAUUGGCGGCAGGACGAACUUGAAGAUAGUAUCGAUCAAUUAUUUCCAACCGUUAGGAAACUCGUGUUAAAGAUGAUUUUCGUUAGCAAGAUUUCAAUUCACGAGGUAAAUCUGAUGAUGGAUCCAUUCCAAACAUUGGACCUGGAGCAGGUAAACAUUGACGUGGAAUCUGUGGGCGAGUCCGCCUUGGUUGUUGCCGUGUUGAAGAACAUGUCUCUUUGGAAAGGGCUUAAGCGCGUCCGCUUUCAUCACAUUAGGCUUACACGAGACGACCUUUAUCCGCAGAUUCCAGACAUCAUCUUACAUAGUGAAGGAUUUAAAAGCGUGAAAUUCUCUGGGCGUUACUCCAUAUCGGGAAUUGUAGAGAUAAGAGAGAUAAGACCACCAGUGUCUCCAGAAGGUGGUCUCCCCAUUCAGUUUACGGUGCCGGAAAUCAUGGAAAAAAUGAGCCCCUUGUUACAGAACUGGUAGAAUUUUAUUGAUCAUGAAUUCAGUUCAGAGAAGGUGUCCUCAGGAAUCAAGAUACGAUUCACUUACGAAGGAACUUUUUUUCAAGCUAC